AUGGCAUACCAUUGCUCCCAAUGCGUCCACCCCCCUUUCGCCACCAAAGGCAAUAUGGCGACGCAUCUCGGUUGCAAAAACAUUCCCGGGCACGACAUGGGCCCAUACCUCUGCCAGUUCCCCGGCUGUGGACAACGCGCCGUCAGGGACAACGGCCGUGCCACUGUUCACGGCGGGCACCCUCCGUCUACGUGGGCACGGGACCCGCAGCUGGCGGCGGCUUUGAGCGUGGCAGCCGACAACUGCUUUGGUCCCCCUACCGCUGCACCACCACCUCCACCACCUCCUCCCAUUGCUGUCGUCGCCGCUCCUGCUGGCGGUCAGGGUCAGGCCAACAUCCCUGUGGCCAUCCAGGUUCAGGUUGGCCCCCCUGCUCCCGCGCCCAACGUGCCUGCCGCUCAGGCCAACCUCCCCGUGGUCAUACAGGCUCCGGUUAUCCCUGUAGCUCAGGGUAACCGUCCUGCCGUUGAUCAGGACGACGAGGACAUCGAUAAUUUCGUCGAUCAAUCUGGUGGUCCUGUCGUUGUUCAGGACCACUGGGUGGACCUCCAUACCCAACUCGACGAAUACGGACUGUCUAGGUCCCUCGAGCAACUGCAAGAGUACAAUGAUAGGCGGUACGCGUUUGAGCAAGGAUGGGAGAUGAAGGAUUAAGCGGCAGUGGCGACGGCGGCGAUGAUGACCGCGUCGUAGGAGGAGACGGAGAUUGUUGCUUUGUUAGAGUAGUAUACCCACCUUGUCGCUGUCGCCUCAUCAGGGAGCGACACAUGCCCUGCGGCAAUCGAUUUUUUCUUUUUGUUCUCUCCUCUC